GGAAGAAGCUGUGAGUUAGCCGCAAGGGCAGGCCAGAGAAGAAGCUGCAAGCACAGGGCACACUAUGCGCGCAGGACAACUUGGGGAUGAUGUAUGUGGGCUAUCUGUUGGAUAAGGACGCCAACAUGUACCCCAACCCAGUCAGACAUCCCAGCCUGAACCUCAGUCCGCAGAAUUACGUGCCUGUGCCCCCUCAGUACCCGGAUUUUGCUGGCUACCACCACGUGCCAGGGAUUAACAGCGAUCCUCAUCAUGGGCAGCCCACGGGUGCCUGGGGUUCUCCAUACACUUCAACCAAAGAGGAUUGGCAUUCUUAUGGCGCAGGAGCCCCGUCAUCGGUCGCUAACCCGGGCCAGCUUGGAUACAGCCCUCCUGAUUUCAGUCCAAUACAGCCACCGGGAUCUGGAUUGCUGCCGCCUUCCAUGAACGGCUCAGUACCCCAGUUGUCCCCAAACGCUCAAAGGCGUACCCCUUUUGAAUGGAUGAGACGCAAUGUUCCCACCGGCAACAACAGCGGCAAGACCAGAACAAAGGACAAGUACCGUGUUGUAUAUACAGACCAUCAGCGCUUGGAACUGGAAAAGGAGUUCCACUACAGCCGCUACAUCACCAUCCGGCGGAAAGCAGAGCUGGCAGCAACUCUUGGACUCACUGAACGGCAGGUGAAAAUAUGGUUCCAGAAUCGGAGAGCUAAGGAGAGGAAGGUGAACAAGAAGAAGAUGCAGCAACAAACACAGCCUGCCAGUACAACCACACCCACCCCUCCAGCUGUUGGCACACCUGGCCCAGUUGGGGCUAUCUGCAGCAGUACCAUCAACCUGGUCUCCUCAUCACCAAUGACAAUCAAGGAAGAAUACAUGCCUUAAAUCCCACUCUUCCCUUUGAUCGACAGAUUCAGAAAUGUGUGGUUGACCAAGACAAUCAAAGUAGCUGGCGGAUGCUGCAGGAUAAGAUAGAGGUGAUGUUAUCACUGCUGAGACCAUGAAGCCACUUCCUUUGCACCAGUGUGUGUUUUCCAUGAUAGAAUUACUCCUAUGUAUAAAAGCAGUAGGGUAAUUGUUCUUUCUUAGUUCAGUUUAUGGAAGGAUUUGCUGCUGUCUGAAAGUAUUUA